AUGGCCCAACCCCGAUUCACCCGCGUCUGGUUUCUCACUGGCUGCAGCUCCGGCCUGGGAAAAUUGUUUGUCUCAGCUAUAGUAGCCCGUGGUGAUAAAGUAAUUGCUACGGCGCGCGAUAUCACUACCUUAUCUGAAUUUGAGCAUAAUGAAGAUGUCCGCCUGUUGCGCCUGGACGUGACAGAGACGCAGGAUAUUCUAAACGAAAUUGCGACCAAGGCCAUUCAAGUCUUCGGUCAUAUCGAUGUUCUGGUCAAUAACGCGGGAUAUGUGCUUUCCCACGUGUGGGAGGAGACACGCCAAUCGGACCUCCUACAUCAAUUCAACACCAAUGUGUUUGGUCCUCUCAAUCUUACUCGUGCCUUCUUACCGCAUAUGAGAUCGCGUCGGUCAGGAACUGUCAUCUUCAUGAGCAGUAUCGCUGCGUGGCUUGGAGUUGCUGUUGGCGGUCCAUACAGCGCAUCCAAGUUCGCCCUUGAAGGCUCCGUUGAAAGCUUGGAAAAGGAGGUUGCCCCAUUUGGCGUGCAUGUCCACCUUGCGGUACUUGGGCAGUUCCGUACCGCAAUUCUUGAGAGUACCAGAAGGAAAACGGAUCGAACUCUCGAGUCUAUUUCCGAUUACGAUGGAGCUGUUGAGGCCUUUCAAACCAGACUCGAGCAAACCAAUGGUAAGCAGCCCGGAGACCCAGUACAGGCGGUGGAGAGGGUCGUUGAUGCUGUGUGUCGCACGGGCCAUUUCGCGGGAUACGAAAACAUUCCACUACGUAUUGUACUUGGUUCUGAUGCCAUCGAGAUCAUUCGGGAUCAGUGUCAAGGAAUGCUGCGGGACCUGGAGGGACAGCAAGAGCUAGCUAGAAGUACCGAUUUCCUGGGGGAGGCGAAGUUGGGAGAUAUAAAUAACUUCGUAGCCUACGUGUUCUAUCAUCCGCGAUUCCAAUUUUGCUCGAAAUUGCAGGAAGUUGAGUGA